AUGGGAAUGAGAGACAUGGUAGCAGUACCAGCAGCCCUAGAGGGGGUGAAGAAGCAGAGCUACAGUGCAGAGUAUGCGGUCUUUGAGACGGGCGCCAGGCACCCAUUCGCCCAGGCAGUGGGCAGGAAUAUAGCCAAUCCCACAGCCAUGCUGCUGUCGGCUUCUAACAUGCUGCGACAUCUCAAUCUCGAGUAUCACUCCACCAUAAUUGCAGAUGCUGUGAAGAAGGUGAUCAAAGUGGGCAAGGUCCGGACUCGAGACAUGGGCGGCUACAGCACUACAUCUGACUUCAUCAAGUCUGUCAUCGGCCACCUGCACCCCCAUGGGGGCUAG